CUCCUUCUUGCUCUCGUUUUCGUCUCGUCCUACUCUUCGACUUAUUCACUCCCCUCUUCAUCUUUCCUUGUCUCUAUGCAUUCGUUCUCGUGGUAUCUUCGUCUCGCCUUCGUUCACUCAGCUCGGGCAGCUCGCUAGCAAACUCGGAUCGCUUCGGCCAUCCGCUGAGACCGCAAUUGCUCGUUCAUUUUCCGUCUCUCUCGUUUAUUCUCCUUCUGUUUCUUUUCCCCUUUUGUUUUACCGUCUUUUCUCUAGCUCUGUUCCUCUACCUUUCAUUCCAUCUCUUUUCCUCCUCUUGCUCCGUUUGCUCUAUGUACAUAAUAUACAUGAGCCUCGCUCCCGAUCAUAGAGCAGUGGCGCGAGUUCUCGUACAGCCAGCAAAAGUCCGGAUCUUAAUUUUCGUCUAGUCGCCGAUCGCGGUGUACACACAGCAUCUCUCAAUCGCUCUUCUCUGCAUCUUCCGUGCGCGACAACAAAAGGACAAAGAACGCGUGAAUCCUCCGUAGAUUGACAAGCAGCUGUCAGACAGACAGAGAAGAAGCGGAAACGCAACGAAGGAUAAACAUCAAGUGAUCUCAAGAAAAACGAGUAUAAUCACGAGAUGAAGAGGAGGAGCGAUGACGAUGGCAAACCUGUGGCCAAGUACCGGCACCGUGAAUACGUCUUGAUCGGAUAUGUCGGGGCUACGGAACCAGCGUCGCAGUCUACUAGGGAGGCAAUUGUUAAGCAGGAGGAGGGGGACAAAGCAGUGGCGGCGACGGCGAUAAAGAGCGAGGACGUCAUCGGACACGAAGUCGGCCAGCAGCAGGAGCAACACCAGCAGCAGCAACAUCAGCAACAGCUGGCAUUUGUGGCGACUGAGGAGACUGAAGAGGAGGACAGCGGUGUGGGCGUGCUGGAGGCGGGACAGCCGGAAAUGGAAAAUGGCGCCAUGGUUGAGCCAACCGGUGCCGAAGCAGUCGCUAUUGCGGUCGCCGCCGUCGCCGCUGCUACCGACGAUCAUGCCAAUGAGGAUCCAAAUACUGCUUAUACCCUUCAUGAGCUCGACUAUCAUCCUACACACAUAAUUCAUGAAAGUUUCGGGGGCGGUGAUAUGAGGGAGGAGCAGCAGCCGCAGCAACAGGUUUCACAGUCGCCCCACCAAUCACAUCAUCAACAACAGCACGACGCACACCACCAUCAUCGUCAACAGCAGCAGCAGCAGCAGCAGCAGCAGCAGCAGCCGCCGUCGCAACACCAUCACCAACAGGCGCAACAGUAUGUUCAGCUUGGGGCUAGAGAGGUCCCGGUUCCCGAGGGAGGGGAUAACCGGCACCCGACGGAGGCCUCCAUCGCGCCGGAGGGACGCCGUGCCGGCAGUCACAUGCCUCACUCCACGAUGCAUCGUUACGGAACCGAGACACUCUCAUCAACCACAACGGACCACCAUCAUCAUCAACAACAGCAGCAGCAGCAUCAUCAUCAUUUAUCCGAAGUGCAUCAGCAUACCGCUCUAUCAGCCGUCGCUCACCGUCAUCUAGAGGAUCCGCAGCAACAUCAUCAAGAAACUGACGAGGACGUGGAUCGAGGAGUGAGCAGCAUCACCGCGGCCAUGAGAGGGGCACGGGGUGAUUAUUUAGGUGUACUCUUCCCGAAUCUCACUUCGUCAAAUACUACGUCUAGUAAUGGUGGCAGCAAUCAUCAUCAUCAUCAUCAUCAUCAUCAUACGUCGCACCAUCUGGAGGAUGUGUUGUCCGAGGAACCUUAUCUGCAACAUCAAAUUCGCGGUGGCGGAGCUCCCCCGACUGGCGGUGCUUCUCCAUCAGUGAGGACCGUUGGUGGCUCUCCGACCUCCAGCCACAGUCCGCAUGAUGAUCAGGGUCUCUCAUCGCCACAUCGCCAAGCCCAGGAGACCGGUUACAGUCCCACUGAUCAGGGCAGAUUGCAAUCUUUUACGCAUCUUACGGCUAUGCAACCACCGCCGUCGGUGCAAACCAAUCACGGAUUGCAGGAAGCCGAGCGUGUAUCCGAUCAGCUGUAUAUUGAGUCGAUUUACACGCAUCACGCCGCAGGUACUCCUCAUCACCAUCAGGACCAACACGAUCAAGGCCCCUCCGCGCCGCAUUCGCCCAGUGGUCCGCUCUCCAGUUCUUCGUUGUAUCGACCGAUGAGUGGCGUGGGUGCGAUGGGUACUGUAGCUGGAACCGGAGGAACCUAUACCCUUCCUUACAUGACGAGCAGCCCCACUGAAUUGACAUCGUCGUCUCAACUUUGGAACGCUCAGGUUACAGGUCUGAGCGGACUGUCCAUGCCUGAAGAUUACGGCAGCAAAUCUUCGGGCACGGUGUCCCAUCAAUCUCUACCAGCGUUUUCACAAACACCUUUCGGUGCUCGGUCGAGUUUCCGUGGUUACAGUCCACCGUAUUCGUCCUCUCAACAGAAUACCACUGGGAACGCCGCUGUCUCCGCCGUAGAAGCUACUUCUUGGACGUAUGCAUCACCUACAACGGACGCUUUAACGACGCAAUAUGGCACACCGUCGAGACGGCAGACUGUUAACCCAGCAACAGCACCGACGCAAAUCAGUGCUGCCGCAAGUUUGACUGCAAUGCACAACAUCGAAGCAGAGUACUUUACGGAGGGCCGUGAGUGCGUGAAUUGCGGCGCGAUUUCCACACCCUUAUGGCGUAGAGAUGGUACCGGGCAUUACCUCUGCAACGCAUGCGGUCUCUACCAUAAGAUGAACGGAAUGAAUCGUCCAUUAGUUAAACAACCACGUCGCUUGUCUGCCACGAGACGCGUUGGUCUCUCUUGCAGCAACUGUGAAACUACGAUGACGUCUCUAUGGCGUCGUAACGCACAGGGUGAACCGGUGUGCAAUGCCUGCGGUCUUUACUACAAGUUGCAUGGCGUCAACAGGCCGUCGACUAUGAAGAAAGACAGCAUUCAAACGCGCAAACGGAAACCUAAGGGUGGAAUGAAAAGUAGCGAUACACCUCUUUCUGGCAAUGUCGCGCAAUGCACAAAUAAUAAUAAUAACAAUAAUAAUAGCGUCAAGCUUGAACCAGAUACCUACAAUGAUUUGAGGAUGGCUCAUACCGGCGUGUCGCAAAUGACAUAUUCAAGUAAUCUUUACGGUAGUUCUCAAUCUUCGGGUAGGCUAGUGCCCUAUCAGCCUGUGUAUUACGAUCUGAUCACUUCACAGCAACAGCAACAACAACACCAAUUGCUAGAGACCCAUUCACCAAAGAUCGAAUGUCCAUCUCCACCUUGCGCAACGCGCUCACCUGGAAUGGUCUCAGCUGGCCAAUCGCCUGAUCAUCAUCAACUCACUUCGCCACAUAUCGUCACUCUAGGCAGUCCGUCGACCAGUCCAGCCGGAUCUAAAAUUAUGCUGGACAAUGGUCAUCUCGAGAGAUCUACGGUUGUGUCGAUAUCAUCGUAAACACAAUCUGGAAAGGUGUCGGAUUGUUAAGGCAGGCAAUAAAUAAAAAAUUGUAGCCAAGUAAUUCAAUGCCUGUCAAGCAAAAGACCUGGGUUUGAUUCCCGUUUUUUACUUUUUAACCAGUGAGACAUAUAUAAUCUCGCUGAUCUUACUUUCCUGCACGUAUUGUGAUACGCAAAAUUAAAAGUUAUAUAUCUUUUAAAAAUGUGUGAAAAUAUGAAAGCAGUGCUGUUGUAAAUAAGAGUUUUAGAAUGUUUUAGGACUUUAGAAUUUUUCAGAAAAUCGAAGCUUUUCCUUUAGAAAGUAAUUCU